AUGGCGCUGCUCAAGUCGACGAUAGCCUUGUUCCCAAACUUGCCUAUCUGUUUCGACGACGGGCGCGUCAAGGGGCGCAUCUGGAGCCCGCUGAACCCGCUGGGUGAGGCCGAGGCCACGUGGAGAGAGUGGCCGGUUAACCCGGACCAUCCGGUCGUCCCGGGCGCGGGGACCGUGGCCCCCUUCGACACGAUCGCCACGGGCGACGGCGCCCUCCCCCAGAAGGUCCAUGAAGAGCACCUCGCCCUGGCCCAGCAGGGCCUCCUCUUCGACCAGACCGUCGCCAACUACAACCGCAACCUGUCGUGCGUUGCGGCCAGCUCGGGCCCGGCGUUCAGGAUGUGCGGGACCGUCCGGGGUGUGGUGUCGUCGCGCGAGUGGCACAUGACCGGUGGCGGCGUGGUCGUUUCGCCCGUGCUUCCGCGGACCACAGUGUCGAGGGGAACCGGCUGGGGGCCGGCGACUGGGUUCGAAGGGCUGGGUCAUCGCGAAGGGAGUGAGGGGUACUUGGUGGGGGAGGCCAUGAUGGCGGAGUUUGUGGACCUGGGGGAGGAAGAGGAGGUGGUGUUGGUGGGACUGGGUGGUGUCGACGAUCCCAUGGACGUCGACGUGUAG